GAGAAAGAAAGAGAGAGAGAGAGAGAGAGAUGGAUACGCCGGCGCGUGGGCGCUUGCUACCGUUCUCGGAGAAGGAGAAAACGGAAGAAGAGUCUGGAACACUGGAAUCGAGUCUCUUACAGCUAAUCGAUGACAAUCGUCGAUCGUCGUUACAUCUCCGGGAAAAAACCGAGAGAUCGAGGAAGGAAGCGAUCAGACACGCGGCGAGAACGGCGGAUCUGUUAGUGAAGGCGGUGAACGGAGGAGUAGAGGAGUGUUUCGUCAACGAGAAACGGAUUGAGUCGGAGAUUAGGAAUCUGGCGGUUACGGUGGCGCGAUUCGGGAAACAGACGGAUCAGUGGCUUGCUGCGACUCACGCCGUUAAUAGCGCCGUUAAGGAAAUUGGGGAUUUUGAGAAUUGGAUGAAGACUAUGGAGUUUGAUUGUAAGAAGAUCACUGCUGCAGUUCGCAAUAUUCAUGAUGAUCAAUAAGAGCAACUUGUUGUGACUCAUUGAUACAGAGUUGUUCUUAUACGCAUUGAUUUAGUGUUGCUCUGUUUGAAUGUAGUGCAUCAGAUUGGAUCAAAGAGUUUGGGACUCAAUCGAAUUCACUGGUUCCUUAUGAGAAUAUGGCAUCUAUAGUUAGACAGUAGAGAGCAAGUAUGUUUUGUACAGAUCGAUCAUGUCCUUGUUGGGAAGAUCAUCCCCCCCGAAAGUUAUUUCUGUCUGGCCACAGGUUUAUCUUAGCCAGUUCCUUGUCGGGUUUUGUCAUUAUGAGUGAUUCAAGAGAUUCUCAAUCCUUUA